AUGACAGCGAAAGACCCGAACCCUGGGCUGCCGCGUUUCGAUGCUGAGGACGACCAGCGAGUGCGUAUCCAGAGCAUCUGCGACGUUUGCGACGGCACGGCGAUGAGUCUUGACGAGCGGCCUCUUCAAGUUGGCAGGAAGGAGCGAGAUGAUGAUAGGAUCGGCAGCUAUGGCCUUGCGGAGGUGAAGGAGAGUAUCACGAAUUUGCCCAACAUGAAGGGGGGACCUAUGCUGCAGUUUUUCAACGUGGCGCAGGCGCUGGGCGACGCACCUCAGAGGUUCAACGAGGGUGAGACCAUGCAGUUGAGGAAACCCAAGGGCGACGGCUGCACGGCAUCGACGGACUACCGUACCAUCAACUUGAUCAACCACGUCGGCAAGGCAUACGCCAAGGUCACCACACUUGACGGGAUGAGGGAGGUGGCGCACAAGAUUUCACCAACGCAGUUCGGAGCUAUGCCUGGGCGGGGCACGCGAGACGCGGUGGCAGUGGCAGGCGAAGUGAUUGUUCGGCAUCAGAAAGAGCACCGAGCCAAGCGACGAGGAAGCACUUCAGCCCCACCUCCUAUGCUGUUGGCGGUCCUCACGGACAUCGAGAAGGCUUUCGACGCGGUGGUACGCCAGGAUAUUUGGCAAAGCUUGGAGGCGCUCGAACUACGGAGGGAUGCCCGUGCGACCCUGGAGGAGCUCCAUGGGGGCAUGUGCUACCUGUUCCGUGAUGUCACCACUCGUGUGCCAGAUGCUCGGAUCUGGGUCAAACAAGGGGUGCGACAAGGAGGUGUUGAGAGUCCAGGCCCUUUUGUGGCGGUCUAUGAUGGGAUUGUAUAUCGGAUAACGGACCAGCUACAGCAGCUGGAGUAUCCAGCCAUCAAGGUGUACUACGACCCCACGCUCAAGAGGAUCAGGUGCAACGAUUGUUUGAAAGAGGACGAGUGCGAGGCCCUGGACGCUUCUCAGUUGAAGUUCUUAGAUGGUUUGCUCACGUUCGCUGAAAUCGGGGAGUACGACGAUGCAUCCAUCAUCCUGGAAGUACUGAAGGGUGAGAUCAAGGCUGGCGGCAUGAGAGUCAACGGGAGGAAGACCGAGAUGCUGCUCACGCCGUCGGGGCCGACGGUCAAGUACUUGGGGGUGCAACUGGCGGCGUCGGGCACCCACCAAGCAGAGGUCACGAACCGCAUCAAGGCAGCCAACUCUACUCAUGCUCGCCUGCUGCGCCGUGCGUUCAGGAGUGGUAUCAGUGCAAAGUUGAAGAUCAGAUUGUGGAAGGCGCUUGUCCGCUCGGUGUGCUUGCACUGCCUGGAGGUCGCGCACCUCGCCAAGCGGGGGCUGAACAAGUUGGAGAGCUGGCAAGUGAAGAAGCUUCGUGGAUUGUUGAAUUUGCCAGCCCACCUGCAUAAGACUACCAACCGUGAGAUCAGGAAGCGGGCCCGUACGCCGACUGUUACGAGCACACUGUUACUUAGAAUGUUGAGGCGGUGGCGACAAGUGAUGUGGCCUGCUUUCAGGGGGCCCAGCGAUGACUUGCACGACCCGACGCUGGCGGUCAGGGCGGCCAUCUUCGGCCGAUUCUCGUUUGAGAGGGUCGGCCAGGGGGAGCAGUCGGGCAUGCUGACUAUGCUGCUGGACGACAUGCGGCAGUUGUGGCAGACCGCGGACGUGCAGGAGAAGCUCACUGCCCGUCGGCUCUUUCAGCUCCGCGGCGACCUACCUGAGCUGGCCGAGCCGUGGCUGCGCUGGCUCGCCGCCCUUGAGCCGCGCUACCUUCGCCGUGUGCUGACUUAUGGCGACGAGGCGGACGCUGUGACUGAUGCUGCAGCCAUCUUGUGGCUGGAGUGCGACGUGCUCCAGCCAGACUUGCAGAACUUCCAGCGCCCGCGGUCUCCUCUGCCGAGCUCGCCCCAGCUGCUGCCAGCGAUGUUCCAGCCGAACAGCGAGGUGCUGGCGUUGGUGGGCAGCCACGCCAACAUGGGGGCGCUGGUCGAGGCAGGGGUCAGGGGCGAGGGCAAGGACGACCGACCCGACGUGGUGGGCACCCCGGGCACGGCGCUCGGCAGCUUGGCCCUGCACUACGAGGACAUGACGAGGGCGGCGCACCGCGACAACUUCGCGAUCCCACCCAAGCCGUCGCAGAAGAUGGCGAUCACACUCGACCAGGCUCUGGCGCACUGCGUGGACGAGGGCGCCAAGGCCAAGGCGAAGGUGAAGGAGAAGGAGGACUUCCUGGGCAACCUGAUCGGCAAGCGGCCAGACGCGCAGGCACGGGUAGCCCUGUUCCGCGUGGCGGAGGCCGUGGAGGGCAUGAAGGAGGCGGUGCUGGCGGCCGCCACGCAGGACAUCGAGCCGUUUGGAACCAAGGCCGUGCUGGACGAGCGCCUGCGCAACGGGGCGGUGGUGCAGGUGAAGAGCAAGAACGAGGGGGCGGCCCCCGUGGAGGGCGAGUUCAAGUGGAUCUUCGCGGUGAACCACUACCUGAAUUUGAAGGAGGCGCUGAAGGAGGCGCUGAAGGAGGCGAUGGCCGUAGUGGGCGUAAGCCUCCAGUACGACAUGACGAUGAGGUCGAAGGUGGCCAAAGGGGUGGAGUCGCUGGCGCUCAAGGGCGACAAGGGGGUCCAGGACUGA